AUGGCUAGUGAGGAGAGUUUCCUAGUUCUGGUACAUUACAGAGGGUCGAUUAAGAGAAAAACUCGGUCCGGCGUGAAGUUCACUGAUAAGGAUCCCCUAUGUAUUAUCGUGACGCCGACAACCACCUACGAUGCACUUGUUAGCUCUGUGCUGGAGAAGCUGGGUCUUGAAGGCGUUAAAAGGGUGAAGAAGUUUUUCUACCGCAUUCCUACAGCGGUGCUCCAUGACACCGUGAAGUUUGAUUGUUUCACAAUCGGUAGUGAGGAGGACUUGCAGGUUAUGUUUCUUUCUCGUAGGCAGUUUCCCGAGGUAAGGACUCCGGAGCUAUUGGCUAAGUUGGUUGAUGUGGUAUCUAGCUCGGGUGGUUCGAACCGGAAUGCCAAUACUAUAGCCGCGGUUGCGGGCUCGAGCUCGAGACCUGCGGUUGCUUCAUCCUCCGUUCCUGUGUCUGAGCCACCGAUGCAGCCUGUUGCCUCCCCUUUGUUUGCCGUUGAUUUGAGCGGCACUGUUGGAGACGAGGCUCGAUAUGCGGAACAUGUUCCCACCGAAGUGCAUUGUCCUACACCGACUGGUGUUGGUGAGGGUUUGUUUGAUGACGCAGAUGACGAUGACGUCGAGCCGGAUAUGAUUGCUGAUGACAGCGGCGAUGAUCUUGGAACUACUGAUCCGGGAAGGGCUACAGGUGGAUCUAGUUCUGGCACACAGCAGUACCCACCUCAUUUUUCAUCGUUGGACAUGGAUGCCAUGAGGCAGGUCGAAAAUCCUUUGCAGGCCUCUGGAUUUGGCGCCAGAGAUAUGGAAGGGUCUGCCGGUAUGACGGAGUUCCAGGUUGGCCAACAAUUUCAGGAUAAAGAUGAGGCGCUAUUGAGUGUGAAGACUUACAGCAUCCGCCAAGGGGUCCAGUACAAGGUCGUUGAGUCUGACUACCGCAGGUAUGUGGGAAAGUGUUCUGAGUUUGGGAAUGGGUGCACAUGGUUGAUUCGGUUGAGCCUCCCAAAAUGCCACGGCCGCACACUUUGGGUUCAGGCCUACGUACAGGAGGGUAUGGAUGGCGAAGCAGAAGGCCGUUGCCGUGAUAUAUGGGGACUGGGAGGAGUCGUACAAUGA